GUGAAGUGAGAGCGAAGAGGAUGCCCUUACCAUACUCUCUUUCGUCAACCUCCCUUCCCUCCGCGAAAACCCUCUGCUACUCGUCCUCUCUCUGCUUUUUCCAUAGAAACCCUAGAGUUUUCUCUUCCUACACUGAUUCAAUACGCACCAGAGCUUGUUACGGUUUUGCCGGUGAUUCAGAUUCCAAUCAUUCCGAAGAAGUCUCUUCCGGCCGAAGAACCAAUUAUACCGGUGUUAGAUUGGACGAGACCGUAGAUGCCAAGUCCGGAAAGCUCAGGCUUGAUUCUUGGAUUUCCUCCCACAUCUCUGGCAUCAGUAGAGUUCGCGUGCAGACGAGUAUUCGGUCGGGAUUCGUCAGCGUCAAUGGCCGAAUUGUCGAUAAGGUUUCAUACAUGGUGAGACGUGGGGAUAAGAUUGAUUGUACAAUAACAGAGUUGCAACCUUUAAGGGCCGAACCAGAAGAUAUACCUUUGGAUAUAGUAUAUGAGGAUGAACACGUACUUGUUGUUAACAAACCAGCUCACAUGGUUGUUCAUCCAGCACCAGGCAAUGCUGCUGGAACACUUGUAAAUGGCAUUCUUCACCAUUGCAGACUUCCCACCAUAGCAUUUCCUAAUCAGGAAAUACUGUCUGAGGAAGCAGAUGUUUCUGAUGACGAGUUCAGUAGUUUUUCUACAGUGCAAAGUUAUAAUGAAAGUGUCUGUUCUGCCAUAUCCGAGGCAUCUGUACGCCCUGGAAUCGUGCAUAGAUUAGACAAAGGCACCAGUGGAUUGCUUGUUGUUGCGAAGGAUGAGCAUUCUCAUGCCCAUUUAGCUGAACAAUUCAAGCAACGCUCCAUCAAGAGAGUAUACCUCAGUCUUACGUGUGGAGUGCCUUCCCCAGUUUUGGGACGUGUUGAUGUCCCUAUAGGUCGUGAUUUCAAUAAUCGAAUCCGUAUGAUUGCUGUUCCAGGAUCUAGUAAAUGCGGAAAGGCUCGUCAUGCUGCUAGUAGGUGAUUUAAGGUCCUCCAUCACUGCUGCACCUGUAUUCUUUAAGGAGAAUUUGUGGUUGGGCUUCAUGUAGUUGCCUACAAAAAUUCCAUUAUUUUUAUAAAUGCAACUGUUCUAAUAGUUGUGAAAUUUUCCUUGCUUGAGGGCGCAAGAUACAUAUUAUAAGGAACAAGUUUACCCAAAGGAUUAGUAAUAUGGUUUCCCCCGCAGUCUACCUGUCUCUCUCUACACAUAAAGCGUUCAUCUCUAUGACAUCUCUGCUUGGCCUCUACUAGCUUGGACAUUCAACUAUCCAUGUGGGUGGAUACUUGCAGCUCCUAUUUAAAAAAGAGAGUUAUUCCUGCAAAAGCCCCAAGGAAUAAUUAGGAGAGCACUGUGGUUUUUCUGCGCCCGCAACCAGCUAACUACUUGUGUAACGUCACGUUGUAGAUACCUACUUUAGGUUUCAAACCCCAGUAUAUUUGCCAGUUUGCUAAUGAUAUUAAAUAUUGUGAGGUAUCACCAUGCUUUUCUGAUACUUUUCUUUUCGUCUUGGUGUGGAUUAUUUGGGGGUUCAUAAGAAGAAUUUCUUUUAAAUUAUGCUUCCAUCUAAUAGACUACUGUGCCAGGUGGUAUUACUACUCUUGGACUUAUAAGCACUAAUAGCUUGACCCUCAUUUAACCCUCCCCCCCUUUUUUUUGUGUGUUGGAGUUUUAUUCCUUUGAUUAAUAUUUAUUUUCUUUAUUUUAUCAUCAUCAUGCUGCUUCUAGUUUUCCUUAUUGUGGACAGUCUUUUAUUUUUAAUGAGUAAUUAGUUUCUUUAGUUUGUAUGUCUAAGUACAUUGGAUUCACAUUCAGGUAUAGAGUAAUUGAAAUACUUGCUGGUGGUGGUUCUGCAUUGGUGGAAUGGAGAUUAGAAACUGGGCGCACUCAUCAGGUAUUGUAUGGUUUAGGCUAUACAUCGCAAAUGCCCCCGAACUUUGCUAAUUGAACUUCACUUUUUCCUCAAUUUUCACUGAACUACUUAAAAUGUAUCAGUCAACCCCUUCCUGUCCAAUUCCACCGUGAAUGCAACUGAAAAAGGCCAUAGAUUUUGAAGCUGAGGGGGCAAAUCGAACAGUGUCUUUUGUUUUUACGUUUGUGAAAUUGUGUUAAAAAGUAGGACUAUGUUAUCUAAAUACAAACUUUAUAGAACUUGGUGUAUUUGAAAGAAAGAAGUAGAACUUAUUAUUAGUUUUCCACUUCUUUAAUGCUGGUUUGACAAUUAGCUUUGAUUGAAAAGUUGCUUUCCAUUUUCAGAGGAGACAAUCUUUCCAUCUUAACAAGUUACAGAUACUGUUUAGUAGUUUAUGAACCGAAUUCUACAGGACUGAGCAUAUCAUGAGUAGCCAAUACUAAGUAAAUUCCUGCGACUAGUUUUUUUGGGCAUCAGCUUCAACUAAAUAGUUAAUAUUCACUGUAUUGCUAUUCUGAAGUAGAUCCGUGCACAUGCAAAGUACCUGGGUAUUCCUCUACUGGGAGAUGAGGUGUAUGGAGGGACUAAGAGCGUGGCCCUGUCACUGCUUCAGCCUAGGACCACACCUAGCUUACAUGGACAACUUGUGGAAAUGGUUUCUAGAUUAGAGCGGCCUUGCCUCCAUGCUUUGACUCUUGGGUUAGAAGAUAUACCUGCUGCUUUCAGCUCAAGGUCAUUAGUAUUGCAUAUUAUCUUAUGAUAGAGUCAUUAGGGAUAUCUUUGUUUUACAGGUUCAGGCAUCCACAUACUGGGGAGAACAUACGCUUCUUUCAACUGCCGCCUGCAGAUUUUGCUGAGAUCUUGACCCAACUUCGUGAUAUUAGCACUGAGAAGGUUACUAAGCUGGAGAAUGUAUGAUUUGAAUGGACUGUUGUCAGCUUCAAUUGAACUAGCAUGUGUGCCACUUGACCUCAAAUACAGUGAAGGGGUUUACUUCACUGCUGCCCGGUUGCUGUGUAAUCUACUUGUCUUUGCAGAGCACUCUUACUCCUUGCCAUAGGGCUAGUUUGUGGCAGUCCACGACAAUACAGCAGAUUCAGAAUUCUUGUUUAGGAUGCUUUUCAGGUGAUCUGCCAGUCCAGAAUAUCAAGCCCGGUAUGGUUCACAUGGCAUUUGACAGGGAAACCAACCUUCAAGCAGCAUGUUGUACCACAGGGUAGACAGAUUCAUGAAAUGCUGGAUCAAAUAGAAAUGUUGGAUACUCUUAACUAUUACCAAAAGAUUGAUCACAAUAUUUGAUACUAUUUUGUCAUGUUAUAUUCGCGUUGGAAUCCUAGAUUGAGGCGAACCAGCAUCGAAGUAUCUGCAUCUGAACUUUCGAUUUCUUGCAAAAGGCUCGUAUG